AUGGCGCCUCCACUGGACAUGGCCAAGACGUUGGUCAGGCAGGUGGUUCGAGCCUUCUACGACAACAACUAUGUCCUGGUCAUUGACGCCCUAAUCAUCCAUUCGGCACUCAAGGACGAAGACUUGCGCUUUAUGUUGGGAAUGAACACAAAAGAGGUACACAGGCUUUGCGGAAAGCUGCGAGAAGAUCGCUUCAUCACGUCAUAUACGCGACCGGAGCAGUCGAAUAACCCGGAACAGAAGCGACCAAUCAACAAACAAUACUACUUCAUCGAUUACCGACAGGCCAUCGACGCGAUCAAGUGGCGGGUGUACACCGUGGACAAAGAGAUACAGGGCACGAACAUUCCGGUAAGCGAGCGCAAGGAAUACUUCUGCGAGCGAUGCAAAGCGGAAUGGACCCAAAUGGAGGUGCUCGACAAAGCCAGCAGCGCAGGGUUCCUCUGUCACAACUGCGAGUACCCCUUGACACAUGACUUGGAACGGCACUCGACGGGACACCAAGAGUCAACCAGAUUGAACGAGCAGUUCAAGUUCAUCACAGAGAUGCUGCCGCGCAUCGAUGAUGUGGUCGUACCAGAGAACACAUUCGACAUAGCCAUCAGUGCCUACAAGCCGCUCGCACCCGAUACCAGCCAGGGUCCCAUCGGUUUUGUCUCGGCCCUCCAGCCUACAUCGGUCAAAGGACUGGACAAUAUCGGACCAAAGUCUCUAUCAGUCAAUAUAUCCACAUCCGACGGACCGUCAGAGGCAGAGAAGGCCGCGGAGCAGGCCAGGAAAGAUAAGAUUGCGCAUCAAAAUGCGCUACCUUCAUGGAUGUCCAACAGCACCGUUACAGGAGAAUCCUAUCUCACGGCGAAUUCUACAUCGACCCCUGCGGUGAAAACGCAAGCACUUGAUUCGAAAGAGGGCAUCAAAAGCAGCGGGGAGGAACAAGAUGACUCGGAAAUGGCAAAAAUGUUCGCAGCUAUUAAGGCACAGCAAGAAGCAGAUGCUGCACGGGCGCUGGCAGAAGAAGGCAGCGACGACGAGGAAGACGAUGACGAGGACGAUUUCGAGGAUGUUGUGGCGACAGGCAACAACUCCAGCGGGGCAACGCCAGCCAGUGCUGCCACGCCUGCGAAUAAAAGAAGCGCAGAUUCCCAUGAAGACAGCGCCGACGACUUGCCAGCAAAACGAGUCAAGCUUGAGUCGCCGGCUCAGCAGGAAGGCGACGAGAGCGAAGAAGACCUUGAAUUUGAAGAUGUUUCAUGA